AUGCCACAGCUCCCCGAAGCCGACGAAUCUGACUGUCGAAAAAAUGAUUUUUACGAAUGGCACUUCAUUCAAGAGUUGUUAGACUGCCGCAAUAUCUCCACCACGACCAUUAAACGCCUUCUGCGUUCUCCCAACUAUGGUGGAGAUGGCCCGCAAAUACUGAAGACCAAACUCAACAAACACCUACGGCAAAAACGUCUGCCGGCCGACGACGAGGUCGGCCCCAUUACGUCCCUAACCUCCAAGGGAUUUCUGCACCGACAACGACUGAAUUGUUUCUUUACCAACGCUCAGGGUUUUUCAGAUAAAGGUAAAGCUCCUAGCUUUGAAGAAGAACUCAUCACGGGUUUAGAUAACAUUCAUCCACAAGCCCUUAUCACCCUGGCAAUUCACAUAGUGGAUCCCAGGGCAUCCGCUGAAGUUGGCACACCAAAAGAACCGCCUCGACUGCAGAUGCCAUUCAUUUUCAGUCAGAGUGUGCAGCACAUGGAACUCUCUACCACCUCACGUGGUCUGUGCGCCUAA